AUUGUUAUUAUGAAGUGUUUACCAAAAGGCUGAAAAAUAUUGUUGCAAUACAUUAAGAAUAAGAAGAAUAAGUUUUAUUUUCGUUACGGUUUGACAACUCGUAACGAAUUGUUGGCAUUGUUUCUUUUUUACCUUGAAAAUUGUUCGGAAUUCUUAUUAAUCGCCUGAAAACCAUGUAAGCUGUUUGGUACAUAACUUUAACUCUGGUAGGAUUUUUGCUUAGUGUAAUCCGUAACCAAGAAUUACGAUUAUAUUUGAUAAAUUAUUUCAGCAGCAGUAGUAGAAUAGUAGAAGUCGAAAAUGAGCGUUGAUAGACAGUAUUUGAUUGACAACGAAGAGUUGCCACAAAACUACUUAGUUGUUCCAGAUGUCCAGGUAACUGGGACGCACGCAAGAACUAUACGACCCAUUGGAGAAGGUUCUAGUAUUAAUAACUCUGAAAGGACAGUUUCAAAUAAUUCUAAGAAAUUUCCACAAUAUAUCGCCGCUAUUUCAGCAACAAUUUCUGCUGCAGCUGCUGGAGCUGUCUUGGGUUGGACUUCUCCCAUAACUACCGAUAUAAAAGACGGCAAAUACAAUAAAAUUUCAGUUACUGACAAUGAAUUGGCCUGGAUAGGUUCCUUUGUCACCUUAGGGGCAAUUCUGUCAUGUUUUCCUAGUGGUAUAAUAUGCAACAUUAUUGGACGUAAAUCUACUCUUCUCUUGCUUCUUGCACCCUUCACCAUAGGCUGGGCUUUCAUUAUUUGGGCAAAUUCUGUAUUUAUGAUAUAUGUGGGACGUUUUUUAACAGGAAUCGCUUCAGGCGCUUGCUGCGUUGCGGCUCCGCUUUACACUUGUGAAAUUGCACAAAAGGAGGUCCGAGGCGCUCUGGGCAGCUACUUCCAGCUUAUGGUUACUGUGGGAAUACUUUUUGCCUAUGUCAUUGGAAAAUGUAUGGACCCAUGGCACUAUACCAUCGUCUGUGCCACUUUGCCCUUCCUUUUCUUUUUUUCUUUUAUUUUUCAGCCUGAAACGCCCCAUUAUUGUUUGUCUAUGGGACGUCCGGAGAAAGCCAGAAGCGCCUUGUUGCAACUUAGAGGUAAAAAUUACGACACCGGAUUGGAAAUGGACGCAAUUAAGAGCGCUCUGGACAGUCUUAGCGGCUCAUAUUCCUUUAAUGACAACAUUAGAAAGAGAACAGUAGUUAAGGCAUUUAUCAUUUCAUUGUCUUUAAUGUUCUUUCAACAAAUGAGUGGUAUAAACGCCGUGGUUUUUUAUGCCACCGACAUAUUUAAAGAUUCGGGUUCCAAAAUAGACCCCAAAACUGCCUCCAUUGUCGUAGCCCUGGUACAAGUCUUGGCUACAAUUCUGUCUUCCCUUUUGGUCGAUCGUUUAGGCAGAAGAAUUCUAUUAAUCAGUUCCGGAGCAGUUAUGGCGUUGUCCAGUGUACUCCUAGGUGUAUUUUUCACCUUAAAAAUGGAUAAAAUAAUCGGUAACGGAACCCUGACGUCUUUAGGAUUUUUACCCGUUACCUCUCUUUGCAUUUUCGUUACCAUGUACUCUGUAGGAUUAGGGCCAAUACCGUGGAUGAUAUCGUCCGAAAUUUUCUCUUCUGAAUUGAAAAGUAUUGCUAGUUCUGUUGCAGGCACGUUCAGUUGGUUUCUAGCUUUCCUGGUUACAAAAUUCUUCCUUGAACUUGAAACAGGAAUCGGAGAGGACGUAAUGUUCUAUCUGUUCGCACUCAUGAGCCUUUUAGGUACGACAUUUGUUUAUUUCGUCGUACCAGAGACCAAAGGGAAGACAAUAGAUGAAGUACAACAUGAGUUGGAAAACUAAAUUUAAAUCUUCUGGCCACAUUAAUUUCCACAUGAAAAAAUUAUUUCACUUAUUCUGUAUGAGAUUGUCUUGAUGAUAAGAAAGUACAUUUAUUAUAACCACUAUUUAUAAGUACUUCAAUUUUCUGUUGAUUUUAAUUAUUCCUAAAGUAUUGUUAAAUAUGUAUUUAGUUACUGUCACGUCCGUUCUGUCCAUAAUUGCAAUUAUUAUAUUUAUCGAAUUGUAAGUUUAUAAAAAAAUAAAAAUUUAGCGUGGAUAA